CGCCGAAGUUUGUCUUUCCUGCGGAAUACCGCAUAUUUGUUUGCUGCUGUACGCUUUGUCGUGAGCUCGCCUGCAUUUUCCUUUUGGCUUCUCCUUCUCGUGAGAUUGCUGCCCGGCUUUGGCUUCUAGGUCUCUGCGCCCAGGUUUCUCUUCCGGAAACUGCUGAGAGGAGCCGGAGCGCCCUUGUGCGGAGGCAAGCGGGAGGCGGGGUCAGCGAAGCCGAGGCCGAGUGUUCGGGAUGUGUCAGUGGUAAUGAUAAUAGUAAACGUGUUUGUGUGACAUUUCACUGUUUGGGCGAUCGCACAAUUACUGUUGAACCAAGUGGGCAGCGUACGGAUGAUUUAACCUGUUGUACAGAUGUGGAAAAUGAGAUGUGAAGAUCUUUCCUGGAUGUGGACAAUAAUUUUCAAAACCACUGUGUGGCAGAAGUAGUGAAUGACAUUUGUUGAAAAAUGUUUGGGAGAUUGACUCUUCCACAACUGCUUUUUGCUAGCAUCCUUGGAAUUGCUGGAGGAAUGUAUAUUUAUCAACCAAUAUUUGAACAAUAUUACCAAGAUCAGAUGGAAUUUAAGAAAAAGUUAAAAUUGACACAAGAAUCAGAAGAGAAGAAAAAUUAAUACUACAUGGAGUUGAACUGUAAUUGUUUAAAGUUCUGUUGAAACUAUACCUUGACUAUAAAUAAUGUAGUAAAAACUUCUCAAAUAUAUUUUAAACAUAAAUAAAUCAUAGGUCAUGAUUUUAAAACAA